AGGCGCAAUUAAAAUGCCACGUACUGCCUCCCGCGCUUCACAAUUUUAGCUCCAAAUUUCCCCUCCCAACACCCAACUAGAACCUCCGAGUGAAGAAGGCCGGCCAUGGCCGCCGUGGCUAGCACCACUUCUAUUCUCAACAAAUUCCAAGAAUCAACAAAUUUAAAGAAAGCCCUUUUCUCAAUUAUCUCUCCAGAGGGGUUUUCCCCACUGAGAAUUGCGCAAGACCCUCAAAAAUGACAAUUUGCAGGACCCAAAUGAAAAUGGUUAAACCCAAUAGCUUCAAGAACACUUCUUUUGUGAAUCAUAAUGGUAGAAUUUACGACAGGCUUGAGUCUUGUUUGGUCAUUCCUCCUCCAAGAGGGAAAAAACCCAAAGCCAUUAUUAAAUUUUUGGGAGGUGCUUUUGUUGGAGCUGUCCCUGAAGUUACUUACAGUUGUUUUUGUUGUGGUGGCAGCUAUUUGCUUGAGCAACUGGCAAAUGAAGGCUAUUUCAUUAUCUCGGUGCCAUAUAACGUGACGUUUGAUCAUGAAAAAGUAAUUAGGGAGAUUUAUGAGAGGUUUCGUGCUGGCUUUGAUUUGAUUUUGGGGUCUGAAUUGCCAGAAUAUGGCCUUUCACCUGAUGAUAUUGUUGAUCUUCCACUUUACUCGGUUGGCCAUAGCAAUGGUGCACUUCUACAAGUGCUUACUGGAAGUUUUUUUUGUGAGAAGAUACCCAAGGCAAAUGCAAUAAUAUCAUACAACAACAGGCCAGCGUCGGAGGCAGUACCAUACUUUGAGCAGGGCAUUUUGUUUCCCUCUUAGUUCCGACCAUGUGACAUAAGAGCUGCUGCAUACUAUGCCAAGCAGGUAACAGGUAAUGGUGCUCUAGGGUGGAUCAAAUAAUUGUAGCCACGGCUUAGCUAGUGUGACGCAAGACAUGAAAGACAUCAAUAUAUCGAAGGAAAAAAAACUUCAGUUUCACAAUCUUUUAGCUCUGGAUUUGAUUUAAGAUUCAGAUUGUGGUUCAUUUGCCAAUUUUCUGUGUGCAACUGUUGAGCUUGUUGCUGUAACUUUUGUUGGCAAGUAGUUGGCUGCCUGAUAAUGAUACUGUACUUGAAACUAGUAGUGGAAGUCUAAGGGUAAAGCAUGAUUGGAAGUCCAAUGGGCAGGCAUGGGUGGACUUUCAAAGAACACCCAUGGUUGGGAGUUCAAUGGUCAUCCUACAUAGCUACUAUUGUAGUGGACAACAAUUGCCACAGACUCUACUCUUGAACGGCUGCUUUUUUUUACAAGAGAAAGCUUUUAGGUUGCUGUUUUAGACUCUUUGAAUAGCUUGCAUUAGUUUUUGUAAAUGAGAGUGAGUUUGAAUCAAGAAAGUUUCAGAACAAAACCCCUCUUAAUCUCUUACCUGUGAAGUCUUAGUAGUCAUCUUUCCUUCCUUCCUUUCUUUUGCCCUUUACCUCUCCUAAUCUCUAUUUAACCUCUACUUCUUAAAUCUAAUUUCAGCUCAAAUUUCACCAGGCAAACAGCCUAUUCUUUCAUUGCCUCUCUAAAUCUUCAAACCAAUAUAUAUAUAGGGUAAAUUUAAAAGAAUCGUGGUUUCUAUUGAGGAUCUAUGAUAGCGAUGCAACUGACUGAUGUAUUUUGUCUGAGUUCAUGAACAAGGAACUCUAUGAUUUGUGAGUGUAGAUGUUGCUGAAGCGUUGCACUCUAAGCCCUCCCCCACCAGUGAAGUAAAAGUCAUGUCCUGUAGAUAUUUGACAUUUAUCCAGCUACUGCCAUUUGUGAGAGCAUACUUGGUGGAUGAAGGGCUCUUUAGCUACUAAGAUUGCUUUCAUUAUCGAGCCAUGGCAUGAGUUUAUUACCUUUUUCAAGUGCAAUUCUACUAAUCCUUCAAUAAUCCUAUGGAUGAUAACAUCUUAGUUGUCGAAAGAUGUAUACAUGACCCAUUGUGUCGGAUCACAUGCCUAUCAUCCUCAAAAUCUCCUUAAUUGUCAUGUUAUUCCCUUUACAUUGGAAUAUGUAUAAGAUGUAAAAUGUUAAAACAAACAUGAAAAAGCUAAUGCAUAAAGGAAUGUAAAGGUGCCAUCACAUCAAUGUCAUACUAUGACUGUCAAUUAACAAAGAAAUUUUUUUAUAAUAUUUCAGAUAGUAUUUGCUCAUAUAAUGGGUGGAUUGUGAGUAACUUAUAUUGCUUCAGCUAUGCCAUGAAGUUGAUGUAAAGUGAAGAUUUUUUUUUUGGAAAGGAAAUAAUUGGUGACGUUACAGGGAGCAAGAAAAUGGGUAAACUUAUAAGUGAAACAGGACAAAUGGUAACUGAACGUAGCAACUCAGAAAAUAAAGGGAAAAAAAUGUGAAGUAGAAAGUGUAAUAUGCAGUUUAUAAAUUAAAAGAGUGUCCAUAGUAGAUUGCAUAUAUUUGUGGAAAUGGUAUGUCUGUGCAUAUUACUGACUUUGCACUUCAUUUCUAGAUCUUUCUGCUUUGAGUUUUAGCAUCUAUGCUUCUGCUUGCUGAUGGCUUCUACAGCAACUAACGCACUUUUGUUCAUUUGUGAUUGUUGUAAUUUUGUCCUUAUACUGAACUGUUCACCAAUUAUUAUUCAUCCAAAUGGUGAAGUCAUAUCAGUCUUCCAUUCAUUCAAGAAUACAAAUUAGUUCAUUAUAAAAGGGAAUUGAUGUAAACAACAUUAUAGUUGAUGGUUGAACUGGAGCCAAUCAACAUUGAGGAUUAUAUGGAAAUUUGGAUCUAAACAUUUAUCUAGUUUGUUUAAUUUAUAUUUUGAUAUUGCAUAAAUAUUAUACCUUGAGAUUUGGUGGAUCAAUUUUGUCAUAUGUUUUUGAACCUUAAUUUCAUUUUAAAUCUUAUAUACCAAGGCGGAGUUGAUUGUAAAUAUGCUUAUAUGAUGAGUUGUUACUGUACUCGUUCAAUUGGUAGGGCUCCAGUUUCUCAGCCCUUGCUUUAGAAUCCGUGUCAAAUUUUGUCUACUGCCUCUCAAAGAACUAAUAUUGCUUUUGUAACAUUCCUCAUUUUUGAAGUUGUAUUAUGCUAUGAUGCAGUUAGGACCUCUUGUCAGUCAAAUAUUUCCAAUUAUGGAAGCGUCUCCAGUACUAUAUUCAUUCACUCGAAAUGCCUCAG